AGUCCCUCCUACUCAGUUCAGAGAAAACGAAACUGAUCUCAGAGAGCUGCUCUCUCUCAGACUAGAAGGGCAGGAAAAUGGCCAGUAUUUCAGUAGAUCACGACCAGUUCAGCUGUCCAGUCUGUCUGGAUCUGCUGAAGGAUCCAGUGUCUCUUCCUUGUGGACACAGUUUCUGUAUGGUGUGUAUUAAUGGCUGCUGGGAUCAGGAGGAUCAGAGGGGGGUCUACAGCUGCCCCCAGUGCAGAGAGACCUUCACUCCAAGGCCUGUUCUACGCAGAAACAACAUGCUGGCUGAAGUGGUGGAGAAACUGAAGGAGACAGAACUCCGAGCUGCUCCUCCUGCUCCCCGUUACGCUGGACCUGGAGAUGUGGAGUGUGAUUUCUGCACUGGGAGAAAACUCAGAGCCAUCAAGUCCUGUCUGACGUGUCUGGUUUCCUUUUGUGAAACUCAUCUUAAACCUCACUGUGAAGUUCCUGGAUUGAAAAAGCACAAGCUGGUCAAAGCCUCCUCACAGCUACAGGAGAAGAUCUGCUCUCAGCACGACAAACUGAUCGAGAUCUACUGUCGUACUGACCAAAGCUGCAUCUGCUAUUUAUGUACAAUGGAGGAACACAAAGGUCACGAUACAGUCCCAGCUGUAACUGAGAGAACCGAGAAACAGAAUCAGCUGAAGGAGAUUCAGAGUAAAUUCCAGCAGAGAAUCCAGGAGAAGCAGAAGAAGCAGCAGGAGCUGAAACAGGCUGUGAAGACUCUUAAGCGCUGUGCUCAGUCAGCAGUGGAGGACAGUGAGAGGAUCUUUACUGAACUGAUCCGCUCCAUUGAGAAAAAGCGCUCUGAGGUAGCAGAGCUGAUCAGAGCUCAGGAGGAGGCUGAACUGAGUGGAGCUGAAGAACUCCUGGAGAAACUGGAGCAGGAGAUCGCUGAUCUAAAGAGGAGACACACUGAGCUGGAGCAGCUUUCACACACAGAGGAUCACAUCCAUUUCCUCCAGAGUUUCCAGUCUCUCUGUGUCUCUUCUGGAUCUGAGGACUCACCCAGCAUCACUGUCCAUCAACACCUCUCAUUUGAUGGAGUGAGGAGAUCUCUCUCUGAGCUGAAGGAGCGACUAGAGGAGUUCUGCAGAGAGGAGUUCAGUAAAAUCCCUCCUCAUGCUGUAGCAGUUCAGAUUUUAUCCUAUUUCUGUCAGCUGACUCUGGAUCCCAACACAGCGUAUCGUCUCCUCAUUCUGUCUGAGAAGAACAGAGUGGUGACGUACAGUGAUAAAGCCCAGUCAUACUCUGACCAUCCAGAGAGAUUUGACUGCUGGUAUCAGGUGUUGUGUGAGGAGAGUUGUCCAGUUCAUCUGACAGCAUCUCCAUUUGUCCUCACACCUCUACUGAACAUUGGAUCAGUGACAGGUGUUGGAGAGGAGAGCUCAAAAGAGCGGGGCUCCAGCAUGAAGAAGGGCAGGAAAAUGGCCAGUAUCUCAGUAGAUCACGACCAGUUCAGCUGUCCAGUCUGUCUGGAUCUUCUGAAGGAUCCAGUGUCUCUUCCUUGUGGACACAGUUUCUGUAUGGUGUGUAUUAAUGGCUGCUGGGAUCAGGAGGAUCAGAGGGGGGUCUACAGCUGCCCCCAGUGCAGAGAGACUUUCACUCCAAGGCCUGUUCUACGCAGAAACAACGUAAUGGCUGAAGUGGUGGAGAAACUGAAGAAGACAGAACUCCGAGCUGCUCCUCCUGCUCCCCGUUACGCUGGACCUGGAGAUGUGGAGUGUGAUUUCUGCACUGGGACAAAACUCAAAGCCAUCAAGUCCUGUCUGACGUGUCUGGCCUCCUUUUGUGAAACUCAUCUUAAACCUCACUAUGAAGUUCCUACUUGGAGAAAACACAAGCUGGUCAAAGCCUCCUCACAGCUACAGGAGAAGAUCUGCUCUCAGCACGAUGAAGUGAUCAAGAUCUACUGUCGUACUGACCAAAGCUGCAUCUGCUAUUUGUGUACAAUGGAGGAACACAAAGGUCACGAUACAGUCCCAGCUGUAACAGAGAGAACCAAGAAACAGAAUCAGCUGAAGGAGAUUCAGAGUAAAUUCCAGCAGAGAAUCCAGGAGAAGCAGAAGAAGCAGCAGGAGCUGAAACAGGCUGUGAAGACUCUUAAGCGCUGUGCUCAGUCAGCAGUGGAGGACAGUGAGAGGAUCUUUACUGAACUGAUCCGCUCCAUUGAGAAAAAGCACUCUGAGGUAACAGAGCUGAUCAGAGCUCAGGAGGAGGCUGAACUGAGUGGAGCUGAAGAACUCCUGGAGAAACUGGAGCAGGAGAUCGCUGAUCUAAAGAGGAGACACACUGAGCUGGAGCAGCUUUCACACACAGAGGAUCACAUCCAUUUCCUCCAGAGUUUCCAGUCUCUCUGUGUCUCUUCUGGAUCUGAGGACUCACCCAGCAUCACUGUCCAUCAACACCUCUCAUUUGAUGGAGUGAGGAGAUCUCUCUCUGAGCUGAAGGAGCGACUAGAGGAGUUCUGCAGAGAGGAGUUCAGUAAAAUCCCUCCACAUGCUGCAGCAGUUCAGAUUUUAUCCUCAGAACCAAAAACCAGACAAGAUUUUCUGCAGUAUUUCUGUCAGCUGACUCUGGAUCCCAACACAGCACAUCGUCGCCUCAUUCUGUCUGAGAAGAACAGAGUGGUGACAUUGAAUGAUAAAGCCCAGUCAUACUCUGACCAUCCAGAGAGAUUUGAACGCUGGGAACAGGUGUUGUGUAAGGAGAGUGUGAGUGGACGCUGUUACUGGGAGGUUGAGUGGAGCCGUCGGGGAACCGUGUACAUAUCAGUCUCAUAUAAAGGGAUCAGAAGGAAAGGUUGGGGUAUUGAUUGUGGGUUUGGACACAACAGUCAGUCCUGGAGUCUGCAGUGUUCUUCCUCUCUCACUUUCCGGCACAACAACAUUGAGACUAAGAUCUCAGGACCAUCAUCCUCCAGAAUAGGAGUGUAUGUGGAUCACAGUGCAGGAACUCUGUCCUUCUACAGCGUCUCUGACACAAUGACCCUCCUACACACAGUCCACACCACAUUCACUCAGCCGCUCUACGCUGGGUUCUGUGUUUAUGGUGAUGGAUCAUCUGUGAGAUUAUGUGAUAAAUAAUGAUUUAUCUAUUAAAUAUGAUUGUUACUUUAUAGAUACACUCGAAAUAUUAUUUACACUGUUUGUUUAAUGAACUGUGUUAUUUUUUUAGACAGAUAGAAUCUUUAAUAAUCCUGGAGAAAAUUGCCGACUCAUCACAAAUACAGUUCAGUCCAAAAAACAAAGUUGUACAAUUCAUGUAGACUAUCAGUCAAAAGUUUGGACACACCGAACUGCAUAUUCAUUUUUUAUCAUUUUAAACACAUUUUUAUCUCAUGUUCCAAUUCAAAUUCAGUUUGUUUGAAGACAAAUAUAAACACUGAGUUUAAGUGACUAAAUAUGUACCAACAAUUGGUUUUCGGCAACAACAAGGUCUCAGCUUGUGAGUCUCUUCAGUCCUGUUGGAAAAGCGUCUCAGGCGGCUCCUCAUGAAGCUGCUGGAGAGAAUGAUCCAGAGUGGGUUAAACUGCAUCAAGGUAAAGGGGGGCUACUUUCUAAAAGAUCUAAAGGAGAAGAUAGUUUGAUUAGUUUAACACUGUUUUGGUCUCUGUGUGAUUCCAUGUGUGAUAUUUCAUACUUUUGACGUCUUCACUGUUAUUCUAAUAUGUAAGAUGGUCUAAAAGAUGAAGACCCUUCUAUGAGUCAGUGGCUCCAAACUGUUUCUGUACAUUGUUCAGAAGCUGGUGAUGAAGGUGCUGCACAGUGAAAGUGUUUAUAUUUGUGUGUGAAAUAAACUCCACCUGCCUGAAAUAAA